UUCGGUUCGGUGUUGGUGUAAGUGUCCGCUCCUCCCAGAAAAGAAUGCGAAGCGUUACAGGGCCAAUCGGGGGUCUUGUUUUUAGCGGAUCCAUCCAUUCGUGAUAUUCCCCGCGGUAUCGGCACCACGCCCAGUUGAAUCCGUUUGUCGCGACAAGUACAACGGAUGACAAUUUGGUCUCUUUUAACCAAAAUUACUACUACUUCCCACAAUAUUACCAGAUCACUUUUCACUCAGACUUUUAGCGGACUGUACCUCAACCCAAGUAAAUACUCAGAAUCUCGCCCAAAGAACGCAUUUACCCUCAUCCUGUCACAAAUGACUUGGCAAAGGAUUAUACGCUUCGUGGGCCAGGAUGGCCAGGAGCACUUUGGGGAACCCAUCAUAGAAUCUGCUGGGGAGCUGGUAACCAAGCUAGAAGCCGGCACCCUCACAGCAAGCGAGCUCACCGGAUCUGACCUAUUUGAAGCAGCCCCGACCGGCCAAGUACUCCAAGUCAAGACGCUUCUUGGGCCCCUCAGAUCAUCGGACGUGCCAAUCGUGCGCUGCAUAGGUCUCAACUACAUCAAACACAUUCAAGAAGGUGGCCGCAAACCACCCCCUUACCCUUCAGUCUUCAUCAAGCCCUCCGAGACCAUAACAUCCCACGACUCCGACAUCCCCAUCCCAAAGGUCGUUCACAAGACGGCAGACCAGCUCGACUACGAAGCCGAGCUGUGCAUCGUGAUCGGCAAGACCUGCAAGGACGUACCCGCAUCCUCGGCCCUGGACUACAUCGCCGGCUACACGGCGGGCAACGACGUGUCGGCGCGGUCGUGGCAGCGCGACCCGGCCCUGGCGGGCGGCGUGCCGCAGUGGUGCUUCUCCAAGGGGUUCGACCGCUGGUGUCCGGUCGGGCCCAUGAUCGUGUCGCCCAAGGUUCUGGAUAACGCCCACGGCCUGUCCAUCAAGACCUGGGUCAACGGCGAGCUGAGGCAGGAUUCCGACACUGGUGACCUGCUGUUUGGAGUGCCCGAGAUUGUCGCCUUUGUCAGUCAGGGAACUACGCUUCCCAAGGGCACCGUGAUCAUGACCGGGACGCCGGCGGGGGUUGCCAUGGGGAUGAAGCCGGAGCCCAAGUGGUUGAAGAACGGGGAUGUGGUCUAUGUUGAGAUUGGUGGGAUUGGGAGGCUGUGGAACAAAAUGGUGUACGACGGGAUUAGGCAAUAA